CGCGGGGCGGGGAGGGGCGAAGCGGGUGGGUCCAGCAGACUGCCGGCUGUGUCCUGCCGCGAGCGCCGGAGAGAGGCUGGAAGCGGGGUGGGGGGCUGCGGCUGGAGGCAACCCUGCAAGGCGCUCCUUCGAGCCUCAGCGCUCCAAGCCCACAGGCUGGAGUGCAACGGUGAGAUCUCAGCCUCCCGGAUUCAAGUGAUUCUCCUGCCUCAGUCUCCUGAGUAGCUGGGAUUACAGGAAAGGAGGGGCCAGUGUGAGUGACGUCAGUGACACUGAGGUGAAUGUGGGCAUUGCCAGUGGUGCUCCGUCAGUGCCUAUGUGAAAUGUGGAUGCGGAUGCUUGGCCUGUAUGCCUCUGUGGGUUUGAGGUCUCACAUCUGGAAGCAUUGAGGCCUGGGGAAGCACCGUGUGAGAAUCACGCACAGCCCUCCUGGUGUCCCGUCACUACUCUUCCUUCUGUCACCUCCAGGUGUCUCCUGGGAGAUGGAAUCGCCCCUGGCUGAGAACCACUGCUGGGGAUUAUGGCAGGAAAAGUAAAAUGGGUCACCGAUAUCGAGAAGUCAGUGCUGAUCAAUAACUUUGAGAAGAGAGGAUGGGUCCAAGUGACAGAAAACGAAGAUUGGAACUUUUACUGGAUGAGCGUGCAAACCAUCCGAAAUGUGUUCAGUGUCGAAACUGGGUAUCGGCUCUCAGACGAUCAGAUAGUCAACCAUUUUCCAAACCACUAUGAACUGACCCGGAAGGAUCUGAUGGUGAAGAACAUCAAAAGAUACAGGAAGGAGCUGGAGAAAGAAGGGAGUCCUCUGGCAGAAAAAGAUGAAAAUGGAAAAUACCUCUAUCUGGACUUUGUUCCAGUCACCUACAUGCUGCCCGCUGACUAUAACCUGUUCGUAGAGGAGUUCCGGAAGAGCCCGUCCAGCACCUGGAUCAUGAAGCCUUGUGGCAAGGCCCAGGGAAAGGGCAUCUUCCUAAUUAACAAGCUCUCGCAGAUCAAAAAGUGGUCCCGGGACAGCAAGACGUCUUCGUUUGUGUCUCAAUCUAAUAAAGAAGCCUACGUGAUCUCUCUCUAUAUUAACAACCCUUUACUAAUUGGCGGGAGGAAGUUCGACCUGCGCUUGUACGUUCUGGUGUCUACGUACCGUCCGCUGCGCUGUUACAUGUAUAAGCUUGGGUUUUGCCGGUUUUGCACAGUGAAAUACACCCCAAGUACCAGUGAGCUGGACAACAUGUUCGUUCAUCUCACCAACGUUGCCAUCCAGAAACAUGGGGAUGACUACAACCACAUCCACGGGGGCAAGUGGAUGGUCAGCAACUUGCGGCUCUACCUGGAGAGCACCCGUGGCAAGGAGGUGACCAGCAAGCUGUUCGACGAGAUCCACUGGAUCAUCGUACAGUCCCUGAAGGCCGUGGCACCGGUGAUGAACAAUGACAAGCACUGCUUCGAAUGCUAUGGCUACGACAUCAUCAUUGACGACAAGCUGAAGCCCUGGCUGAUCGAGGUGAAUGCAUCCCCGUCUCUCACCUCCAGCACUGCCAACGAUCGAAUCCUCAAGUAUAACCUGAUUAAUGACACCCUCAACAUUGUGGUCCCCAACGGCGAAAUUCCAGACUGCAAAUGGAACAAGUCACCCCCAAAGGAAGUCCUUGGCAAUUACGAGAUUCUGUACGAUGAAGAACUGGCCCAGGGUGACGGGGCCGACCGGGAGCUGAGAAGUCGUCAGGGCCAGUCUCAGGGGCCCAGAGCAGGCCGAUCGAGAGACUCAGGUAGAACCGUCCUCACCACCUGGAAGUGACUCCAACCCAGACCUUAUCAAAACAACUCACUCAACUGGGUCCCUGCGGAAGCCCUGUUUUGAAAUUUUCCUUUUCUAGAAGUUUUUUCUUUUCCUAAGCCUUGUAAAUAAAUGAAAGCACUUUGGAAGGUUA